AUGGAAGUGGGUGUGGACUCAGUAGGGGGGUGGUGCCUGUCGAGGGAAGUGGGUGUGGACUCAGUAUCCAUACACAGAGAUGGACUGGGCUCGACCAAUGAGAACCCUCGACCGGUGCUGGGGGGCGGGGCUGAGGUGCGGUGGGCGGGGCCAAGGAAUCUGGUGCUGCGGAAGAGGACGGAGGGCUUCGGCUUCACGCUGCGCCACUUCAUCGUGUACCCGCCCGAAUCAACACUACGGGAUGAAAUCAACGGGAAUGAAAGAGGUCGGCUGGAGCCCAUGGACACCAUCUUUGUAAAGAAUGUCAGAGAGAAUGGCCCCGCCCACCAAGCUGGUUUAUGCACAGGUGAUCGCCUGGUUAAGGUGAACGGUGAGAGUGUGUUGGGGAAAACUUACGCACAGGUGAUCACAGUCAUCCAAAACAGUGAGAGUGUGUUGGAACUCUCCAUUAUGCCAAAGAAUGAGGAUGUGCUACAGCUGGCGUACUCACAGGACGCCUACUUGAGGGGAAACGUUUCGUACUCAGGAGGAGCUCAGCACAUCCCAGCCCCGCCCCCACCGCGUUGCCACCCCCAUAGCCCCGCCCACGACGACUCCGCCUACAUGGGUCAGAAGCUGCAGGAGGGCUGGCUAAGCCCCGCCUCUCCGCUGGAUAACUGGACAGAGGGGGGCGGGGCCAGAGGACACUACUCCUCCUCCUCCUCCUCAGGGGGCCACACCCACCAUCGCCAUGGUAACCAGGUGUGGUCUCCGCUGCCCAGCCGCAGCUCUCACACAGCUCAGGCCCUCAGCGACUGGUACUACAACCAGCACACACACACACACGCACACACGCACGCACACACACACGCACACACACCGCCCCCCCGCCCCCCCCCUCGCAGACGGAGCGCCUCUCAGGACCGGCUGGGGGAGAGCUGCAGGGGGAGGGUCUACGGCAGCUCCCAGGAUGCACUGCUGCAGUCGGGCCACGCCCACGUGAGUUCUGAUAGGUGGAGGCAGCAGGGGGUGUGGCCUGUCCGCUCGCACUCAGAGUCACUCCUGGCUGCUGCACGCCCCGCCCACUUCCUGGAGCCUCUCUCGCCGCCAUUGGAUAGACUAGAGUGGCAGGCUCCGCCCACGACCGCGUUCUCCUAUGAGAGAGAGUCUUUUGUAAGCCCCUCCCACAGACGGACAACACCACAAUCCCAACACACACACCAACACACACCACAAUCCCAACACACACACCAACACUAUGAACACACACAACACACACCCCAACACACACCCAAACACACACCCCAACACACACCUCAACACGCACCUCAAAACAUCCAGGAGCAAACAAGACCAACACACCAUUCCCCUCUCACACAACACAGAAGAGAGUCGGCGUCUCACACACACACACACACACAGGAACACACACCCCAGCAUACUCCUGGCCACACCCCUCGACCUCAAAGACCCGCCCCCCAGGUGCGCCGUCUUUCUGAGGGACAGACGCUGGGGGAGGAGCCUCAGGGUUACCGUAGCUACAGCCCCUCCUUCAACCGCAAGACUGGGCGGUUCCUCCAGCAGGCCCACUCCUUCAGAGACUCCGCCCACCCGGACCCUCUGGCGUGGAGCCCCUCCCCCGAGGCCGUGUUCUCAGACACGCCCAGCGAGGGGCGGGACCACCAGCCGACCAACCAGGUACAGCCAGCUGAAAAGGAGGCGGAGCAGGAAGUGGUGAUGAGGCAGAAGCCUCCGGGUGGACGCCACGCCCCCCACGCCCUGCACCUCCCCCCUGACUCCGCCCUGGAGAGUCUCGACCUAUCAGAGCCUGGCGUCAGCCUUGGACACGCCCCCCACGCCCUGCACCUCCCCCCUGACUCCGCCCUGGAGAGUCUCGACCUAUCAGAGCCUGGCGUCAGCCUUGAACACGCCCCCAGCACUGACUCCGCCCCCCAACAACGGAGCCGUGGGAGCCUGCCUCAGCUGCCUGUGGAGGAAGACUGCUUAGCAACCAUCCCCUUCAUCGAUGAGCUCACCAGUCCCUCUGUAGAUCUUCGGGCUCGUCUAGUCUCCGCCUCCUGUGUGGUUUCCGGUGGAGGAGUUGGCCCCUCCCCUCCCUCUAGCCCCUCCCCCCUACCGUCUCUUCUGUCUCACAAGCUCCGCCUCUCCCACCACUACAGUGUGAAGUCCAGCCGUCGCUCCUCUUACCUGCUGGCUGUCAUGGCAACGCGCUCCAAGUCAUGUGACGAGGGACUGAACAUGUUUAGUGAGGAGGGACUCUCCAGGAGGGUGCCUAAGAGGGUGAAGAGCUGUUUCAUUGGUGGGGCUCUAGGUGAUGUGGGGUCCAAGCGCCACUCUGCUUCAGAGCUGGACAGUAACUACAGCGCCCCCUGGAGGGAGGGAUGGCUCAACUACAAACACAUGAAGAAGGGGGGCAGUGGGAUUCGGCCCUGGAGGCGUGUCUUCGCUGUGCUGCGCUCCCAUUCGCUGUUCCUCUACAAGGACAAACGAGAGGCAUUGCUAGGGGGCGGGACUGAGGAUGAACCACCAAUCAACAUUGCAGGCUGCUUGAUUGACAUCGCUUACAGCGAAACACGGCGCAAACACGUGCUGCGGCUCAGCACUCAGGACUACAGCGAACACCUCCUGCAGGCGGAGGACCGCGAUGACAUGCUGACCUGGGUGCUCUGUGUCCGGGAGAACAGCAGGACCGACAGCGAGGAGCUCUGUUUCUCAAAGCAAGCACUGAUCAAUAAGAAACUUAAUGACUACAGGAAGCAGUGUAUCACAGGGAACAGGCCGGACUCCUCUCCCAGAAUGCCCCGCAUGAAGCCGCAGUUUCUUCUUCCAAAGACUGACACCACUUCAGGCCCCCGCUCCCCAAAACUAGACACCAAAGAUGAAAGUCCUCCUAAGUCGCCGUGGGGCAUCAACCUGAUGAAGAGGGGGCGCAGGGGGGCGGGGCCUAAAGCGUUUGGGGUUCGUCUGGAUGAGUGCCAACCAGCAACUGGCAACAAGUUUGUUCCUCUCAUAGUGGAGGUGUGUUGUGGGAUAGUGGAGGAUCUGGGGCUGGACUCUACGGGGAUCUACAGGGUCCCGGGGAACAACGCUUCCGUCUGCAGCCUGCAGGAGGCGCUCAACAAGGGGGCAGACAUCAACACAGCGGACGAGAAGUGGCAGGACCUCAACGUGGUCAGCAGCCUCCUCAAGUCGUUCUUCCGGAAGCUUCCUGAGCCGCUCUUCACGGAUGAUAAAUAUAAUGAUUUCAUCGAGGCGAAUCGCAUGGAGAGUGCCAGCGCUCGUCUCAAGACCAUCAAACAACUGAUCCAUGAUCUUCCAGAACACCAUUUCUACACCCUGAAGUUCCUGCUGGGCCACCUGACCACAGUAGCCGACAACGCAGACAAGAACAAGAUGGAACCCCGUAACCUGGCGCUGGUGUUUGGACCCACCCUGGUACGGACGUCGGAGGACAGCAUGACAGACAUGGUGACCCAUAUGCCCGACCGCUACAAGAUAGUGGAAACACUCCUCCAGCACAAUGAAUGGUUCUUUAGUGAGGAACCGGGGAAAGAGGAGAAGACCCCAGUGGAUUCAGAGAACAUCCAGCCGGCCCCAAACAUCGACCACUUGCUGUCCAACAUCGGCCGCACUGGAAACCUGGGAGAAACCUCAGAUUCGACCACCAGUGACUCUGCAAAGUCUAAGGGGUCCUGGGGUGCUCCUGACGUCUUGAUGCUGUCAAUCAUGUCUGCCGUCACUAGGAAGCGUCGCCAGCGGCAACAAGCCCCGCCCCUCAGCACUGACGAUGAGUCAGAGCUCGAGCCAAUCACAGCAAGUGUGACGGGGGAAGUCUCCGCCCCAAGAGCGGAAGGGGAGGAUGAUGAUGACGACGAAGAGGAGGAGGAUGAUAUUGACGAAGAUGGCCCGGAGGAGGAAGGAUCUCCCAGCAUGCCCAGCGACAGCAGGAAGGGGGCGUCGCCUGCGGUGACUGAGCAGGGGAAAGGGGGCGGGGACCAGGGUUACUCCACCCUCUCCACUCGGGGGCGGAGUCUGGGGGAGGAGGCGGACGAUGAGUGCAGUGAGCGGGUGAGCGAGACGGACACUGAGAGUGGCACACACACACUCACACACACACGCACACACACACACACACGCACACACACACACACUACUACUCCCAGCAGCUCCUCUCUCAGUCCUGGCUCCGCCCACUCACAGGGAGGACGGAGCUCCACCUCCUCCUGUGGCUCCGCCCAUCGCCUGCAGCCACGCCCCUCCUUCAGCUCCUCCCAACGGCUGAUCCAGUGUGACACGCUCGCCCGCAAAAGACAAAGGGCCGGGGCCAAGACUAAGACACGCCCACCAGAGCUGCUGGAACUGCCAUCCCACAGCCUUAGCCUGGAGGAGGGGCCUAUCACAAGCCCCGCCCCUCUGAGCUCCAGUAGCAGCUGCCCAGGUAGUCCCCAGACACGCCCACACACACACCUUCACACACACACACAGGACAGCUCACACACACACCCUCACACACACACAGAGGAGGGCGUGGCGUCGGCACACUAUUGUGACAUCACCGACCACGCCCUCGGGAGACCAGCCCGCCCUGCUGACGCCCCGCCCAUCAGAGGGGUCACGCCCAACACAAACGCCCCGCCCAUCAGAGGGGACACGCCCAACACAAACGCCCCGCCCAUCAGAGGGGACACGCCCAACACAAACGCCCCGCCCAUCAGAGGGGACACGCCCAACACAAACGUCCCGCUUCCACCAGUUCCUGGUCCUAACCCCUAA